AUGUUCUCUGAAUAUGCGUCUCGGUUCCUGGCACAAUCUCAAUCCCGCCUGGCUCUCCCUUCAGAAGAGCAUUUCCGGAGUGGCCAAACUCGAUCGAAUAGAGGCCAAGGGAACUUUCGAAAUGGACCUUCGCGAUCCUACUUCCAAAGGACGAUAGGCGACCCGUACCAGAACGCAGCAUCCCAAAUCUCCAACAAUCCAUUUGCCUCGCGUAUAUCAGCGCAGCCUGCUCCGUUGUUCUACAGUGCUACAGACGAAUUCCGGGAGGAAGAUGACGAAACAGAGCGUGAACGGGAGAUCGCGGAUUUCUAUGCUCUGCAGAGGUCAAGGAGACAUUUCGGAGGUAGCCAGCUAGAAGAAUCCUCAGAGGUUGAAGAUGACCGGGGCGGUUUUGUGCCUUCUGGAUCUCAAAUGUUUCACGAUAAGGGAAUCGAAGAAGGGAAGGGCAUCAGAAGUUCCUGGAGAGGUGAUACAGCCACCCAUCGGACUCGAGAUGCCAGGAUACCGCCCAUCUCAGAAACAAGCUCGAAUGGUGAUGAGACACACCUCCAGCAAAGAGAUAUCGGCAGAUAUAGCGGACAACUAAUCGAGGUUGGCCUUAAGGAUUCUUAUCGCAGCGAUGACACAGAUAUCCAGAGGGCAGACUCACCGGGUUUUAGCGAAACCAACCCACCCUCAGUGCAGCGACUUCGCGAUCCACCGAUAAUCCUUGAGGAACAUCACUCAACAGAAAGCUCAUUAUCUCACCCCGAAGGCGAUGAGCAAACGCUAUUUAGAAAUCUUCCGUUAGGGAGUUCCCAAGGCUCAUCCUCAUUAAACAUGAUGACAAGGCCUGACCCACCGGCUCACGAUGCUUUUUGGAGUCAUUUGUUCUUCAUAGCCUUAGCUGGACUCUUUGCCAGCUCAUUUUUGGUCUACCUAAAUACGUCCACGCCUUCUCAAGACAAGUCAAGAUGGGGCGAUACAGUGUAUAUGACACUUCACAAAUCUUUCUUUCUCCUCGGCAUCUAUACACUGGUUUCGAUCAUCUUAUCGCUUCUGUGGCUCACAUUACUACGAUUCUAUGCACGCCCUUUAGUUUAUGCGAUGAUUAUCUCAGUGCCGGUCAUUUUGUAUUCAUUUUCCCUCUACCCUUUCAUCUCAAGCUUCAAAGGCUCUUGGCAUGGAUCAAGCAUUCAAGAUCGAGUGAUGCGAUUAGCAUCUGCCGUGCCAUUUGUUAUGGCUAGCCUGUGGAUAAUUAAUACUAUCCGUGGCCGCCAUGCUAUCGGCAAAGCCGUCGGUAUCCUCCAAUUCUCUUGCCGAAUACUUGCGGCAAACCCGGAGCUUCUCACCUUUAGUUUAGCGACACUUGUGAGCAUUGUAGCAUGGACCUGGGUAUGGUUGCUCAUGUUCACCCGGGUCUUUUUAGGGGGACAUAUGGCCAGCUCAGCCUCGUUUGUCAUCAAUCGUGGAAGCUGGUUGUUGGGUACUUAUUUCAUCCUCAUUUACAUGUGGUCCUUGGGGAUCAUUGCUGGUAUACAGCGCGCUGUGACUGCUGCAGCAGUUAGCCAGUGGUACUUUCAUCGUUUCGUUAAACCAGCACCUACAUCUCGUCAAAUAGUGAGAGCUGCUAUUGUCCAUGCUGUUACGACUCUAUUUGGCACAAUCUGCCUUUCUCGGCUGCUGGGUUUGCUGGUCAGGCUACCCUUACUACUACUUCCCAGCCGCACUUCUUCUGCUAUUGGUUUAUUUUUCUACUCCUUCGUACCAACCCCCAUCGCCGUUUUAACAAAUCCUCUUACACUUACAUAUGCUGCCAUUCAUUCGCAGUCUCUCAGUGUCUCUGCACGUGGCAUUUCACAGAUGACAAUCCUAGCGCCUUCAAUCGACACGAUAUCACUCAACCCACGGUCAUUCUCUCGACAACGUGACAGUGUUUCAUCGCUAUAUUCUUAUCGACUCUCAAAGCUUCUUCUUCAUGCAACUCGAUUGAUGAUGUCGCUAGCACUCGGCUUUGGUGGCUGGGUCACCACUGCUCGAAAUUUGAAUUCUUCCGUUGUCAACGGAGUCACCAUUCGUGGCAGCCUUUAUGCUUACAUUGUCGGUCUAAUCGCGGGAGCGAUUGGUUGGAGUGUAUUAGGUGCAAUGGAAAGCGUGAUUGCGGACAUUGUGGACGCUUCUGUUAUCUGCUGGAGCAGUGACAUUGGAUCAUAUGGCGGCGAAGCAAGGUAUUGCCGAGAAGCGGGGUUACUCUUCAGUGAAGAGUGA